AUGUCUUCAUCAUCCUCUGGGUCUUCCAAUAACAAUCAAUCCACUUUGUCCGGUACAAAACGCCCAUUUUCAGCUCCAGAAUCCAACCCUCAAUCGGGUACUAACCGCCAGCCUGGAACUUCGGCCACCUCAGGUCGGCCCCAGACUUCCCUGGCUGGAUUCCAAAUCUCAGUGUCUCCACGGCAAAAGGGCAACCCGUUGCUCACUCACCUUAAAAAUGUACCAUGGAAAUACGCAGACAUUGUUUCAGACUAUUUUAUUCCAGCAACAAGCAGCGGACGUACAUAUAAAUCACCUGAGGCUAUAGCUUCGGGAUCUACAACACAAGGCCACCAGGGAACUGCAGGCCGAGGAUCAGUGCUUGCAGCAUCAACUGCGUCUAAUGUGUUGUACUUGUCUCUUAAAUACUACCGGAUCCACCCAGAGUAUAUUACUGGUCGGAUGGCCAAGCUUGGGUAUGAACAAGAGCGGAACGAUGACGAUGUUUCUGCCAGUGGAGUAGGGCUUAGUGGAAUCCAUUUUGCACGGAUAUUGUUGGUAGUUGUUGACAUUGAGAAUCCUGCCGAAACACUUAAAGAAAUCACUCGUCUUUCUUUUGCACGCGACUUUACAAUGGUGCUUGCAUGGAACAAUGCCGAUGCCGCAAAUUAUAUUACGCAACUCAAGACAAUGCAAAAUGCGUCACUUGAUCCUUCAGCGAAAAAUUAUGAUACAUUGACAGGCAUGGCAUUGCUUAAUGGAGGAUCAUCAGGAGCUUAUACCGGGGGGUCAUCAAAAAACGAUAGUAGCUCUGGUUCAGAGGGGCUCAGCAUGUCAGCGAGCGUUUAUAAUGCACACGUAAUUGAAACUGUGACCAAAGUUCGUGGAAUUAAUAAGACGGAUGCACAGGCAUUGAUUGCACAGUACGGCUCAUUGUCUAAUGCGUUUAAGGAUGGUGCAAGUAAGGUUGAAAAUAUUGGCGGAUGGGGUGCCACUAAAGCCAAGCGUUUCCAAGAUGCAAUCACAAAACCGUUUAUUAAUCGCGAAUGGGAGGAAGAAGAUAAAGAGGUUGGAUAUGAUGAAGAUGAAGAAGAAGAAGAAGAAGAUGAUGAUGAUGAAGAUUUGUUUGUAAGCGCAGGCGCUAAUCGAGAAAAUAUAACUACUGAUAAUGAUGAUAGCUUAACGAUAGAACCCGAUAACUAG